AAUCUGACCGCGCGCGCGGCUCUGUGCCGGUGCUUUGUUUCUACGUUUGUGUCUUUUAAAUGCCGGAUCGAAGCCCGCUGAGAAGAUUGCGCUGCGUUUUUUGUUUGUUUUUUCUUUCUUUCUUUUUUGGCGCCCCUCUUUUGUCACUAUAGAGGCGGUCGUGAUUUUCUUGUGUGCCACAUUCGUGGUGGGAACGUUUUCUUUCAUCAAUGAGCGUUGAUGUAGCCGCAAACGUGGAGGAGAUAAGAACCCUUAUCUCAACACCUGGAACCUUUGGCACGGAUUUCCUUGAGGACAUAACAUUUCGAUUCUUGUCUAAAUCGGGAAUUACACAUCCAAACUGGGAUCUAUGAGCGCAAAAGUGGCGAAGCCUAAAGAAGACAAGGAUGCUUCCAAGGUCCAGGAUGACGCCCCAGGUACCCAGGAGUACAUUAUGUUACGGCAGGACUCCAUCCACUCUGCAGAUAUAAGGAGUAAAGGGUCCCCCUUUCGUGCUAAGUGUCACGAAAUCUUCUGCUGCCCGCUGAAGCAAGUCGUCCACAAAGAGAGUGCAGAGCCCGAAGAGCCCCAGCUGAAGGGCAUUGUGACGAAGCUAUACAGUCGACAAGGAUUCCACCUGCAGCUGCAGGCUGAUGGAACCAUUGAUGGAACAAAGGAGGAAGACAAUGGUUACACAAUGUUUAACCUUAUUCCAGUGGGACUACGAGUGGUGGCCAUCCAGGGGGUGCAGACUAAACUCUACCUGGCUAUGAACUGUGAGGGCUACCUGUACACAUCUGAGCACUUUACGCCAGAGUGCAAAUUCAAGGAGUCAGUGUUCGAGAACUAUUAUGUAACAUACUCCUCCAUGAUAUACCGGCAGCAGCAGUCGGGCAGGGGCUGGUACCUCGGUCUGAACAAAGAAGGAGAAAUUAUGAAGGGAAACCAUGUCAAGAAAAACAAGCCCGCUGCCCACUUCCUUCCUAAACCUCUGAAAGUGGCCAUGUACAGAGAGCCUUCCCUCCACGACUUGACAGAUUUCUCCCGUUCUGGCAGUGGCACACCCACUAAAAGCCGGAGUGCAUCAGCUGUGCUCAACGGAGGCAAAGCCGUAAGCCAGAAUGAGUCAACGUAGCCAAUCCCGGGCCUGGGGCAGAACCACAAAACCUUACCUCCAGCAGAGCGUGAAUCUAAGCAGACCUGUCUCUCCAAUCAGCGGUUCAAGACUCACUACAACAAACCAUAAACACACAAUACCAUCAAUUAGACCCAAUUAGGUAGUUUCCAAAUCAACCCUUGUUUCUGUAUCAUCACACAAUUUCUAACCAUUCUUGAUUUAAAACCCAAGUUUCAAAUUUAUUUAGAUCCUGAAAUUGAGUUCUUUGUUGCUGAAGAUUGCAUGCCAAUUAGCUAAUUUUAUUUAUUUAUUUAUUUCAUAAUAUACUGCAGACAGUCACUUUUCUUUGUCUAAUAAGCCACCAACAUCACAUCAAACAGGGAAGGAGACAGUUAGUAAUAAAGGCAGCCAGCGAUGAUGCUGAUCUACACGGCUGCGGUGGUAAAGUACAAGCCCUAACCUCUGUCUCAUCCGUGCUUCUGUGAAUUCAAAGCCUGUAAAGUCCUUGGUGUGGCACAGCCUGGUGCUGCCGGGACUGUGUCUGGCCAGACAGUAGCUCUCCUGCGUCUUCGUGCACAUGCUCAGAGACAGCUCUAUAGCAUGGGAAAAUGAUGCCUAUGUUCACUUGACCUAAAAUACAUGGAGGACAGUGUGGCUCUUGCAGUUUGUUUUUCUUUUUUUGUUCCAAGACAGAUGCCACGGCUGCACCUUGAUUUUGCUAAUAUUGUGAAUUUGAUGUCAGAUGUUUUGUCCCCUCUCGUUCUCUUCCCCUGCCACUGUUCAGUAUUUGUACUUUUGUUGGUAUUUCUUCAUUGAAAAGGUUUUCAGCAAACCAAAGACAGAAUAAAAGAGUGUCCCUUUAAGCCGCUGAAACCGAGCCUUUCUAAAAAGGCAGAACUGGAAUCUUUUUGCUUUAUUGUACACUUUUGAUGAAAGAAAAUAUUUUGCCGAAAACAGGAACAAUAGAACACCAAGUGAUUUUAAAAUCUUUGCAGUUGGCAGCAUGCUUGAUGUCGUGCUUUUUGCUGAUGUGCUUUACAAAGGAGGUACAAUAUGAAACAACUUUUCCCAGUCCCACCCCCUUCUGUUUCCGUUGUGUCCACUGUUUUUUGUCCUUCUGUUUUUUCCUCUUCUUGUGCUUGAAUCAUUCUUUAAUCCCCCAGUCAGCCUUUUUUUCCCCUCUUCUACUGACUGACAAGUUUCACCAUGAGAGUAUGGCGCAAGACUCAUCCCAGGAUGGUUGUUAUGUGUUUGAGUAAUUUAUUGUGGUAACUAUUUUCUAUAAUUAAAAAAAAGGAAUACUGUGGACUUUUAGGUGGCUUAACAUUUUAUAGGACACAUCAUAUUUGUAAAAAAGAAAAAAAAAAGAACAUAUUCCCUCUCUUGCACAGGGCAUGUACAAACACUAUGUACAACUGGACCCAGUUUGUGGGCUAUGUACUCUUCCCUUCAGCUAUAUAACUUCUUUCUGGUACAUGCUUUUGGGGGCUUUUUUUUCUUGAUUUCCUCCAGAGGUGGUUUGUAUUAGAUGAACCUAUCUGUUGCAUGGGCGAAAGAAGGGAAUUAUGGUCUAGAGCUGCAUGACGUAGGCUAUGUGUAUUAACCCAUGUUGGAUAAUGUGUUCCUAACUACCAGGCUAAAUCUGAUAAAUAAAAAACAACAUCUACAGGCAGACAGUGUGGCUGCCUGCUAACUUCCAGUUGUUUAUUGUUUGUUGUAUACACAAAAAAAUGCACUGAAUAAAAUGUUUAUAUUAAGAUA